UGCUCCUCCCGCUCGCUCUAUAAAUAUUGCACGUUCUGCUCUGCUCCUAGCUACCAUUACUGGUAGCACCAUAGCACCUCCUCAGCUUGAAGGCCGCAAGCAGAGCAGAGCAGAGCUCACUCCGUCCGUCACUGACCGCUCCGCUGCGAUGAAGAAGGUGCGGGCGAGGCCGCGGCGGAUCCCGGCGUUCGGGGAGUGGAACUACUACGACGACGGUGGGUACGGGUACGGCGACGGCGACGGCGCCGGGGACUGGCCGGUCACCCAGUGCUUGGACUCCGCCAUGCAGGCCGGCCUGUUCGUCUCACUGCCGACUUCACCGAAGCCACUCAAAAAGGUGGUGAAGUGGAGCGACAGCGGCACGCUGGAGGUGGACGGGGAGCAGAGGCAGAAGGUGGUGGUGGGGCUGCGCGAAGAGCACGGGCCGAAGAAGGAGGGGAGGGGGAAGCCCAUAGAAAUUUACCUGAAGGUCCCUCACGCCGCCGACGGCCACCUGAGCACCACCGCAGGCUACAACAAAGGUCACAGGGUGCGGGCGGUCAAGGCCGUGGACGAGGACCUCUACGUGAUCCCGCCGGACAUGCUCUGCCACAAUAAUAACCCACGCAAGAGGCUGACGAAAAGGCUGUGGAUCGGGUGCCUGGGCUGCGUCUCCGCCUAGGGAUCGUAAACCAUCUGGCCUUGGCGUGCGUGCGUGUUGUAAAGAGAGGGAGAAAGAAAGAGGAGCGGAAACCCAUGGGCCAUGAUGCUGUCACGCCAUGUCAAACAUCCUCUCUCUCUCUACUAUAGUCCUAGUAUUAUGCGUUUUACUAUAGGAUGGAUGGAUGGAUGGAUGGACGGCUUGAUGGACGGAGACGGAGACGGAGACGGAGACGGCGACGUGAUGCGCGGCACGCGGCAGGCAGGCAGCGUCAUUUCCCCGUGCCAAACGCCCACUCGAGUGCUGCUUUCUCCUUCCACCGUUGCGUGCAUCUUUCCCGAUGGGCUUUGCUACUCGAUGUGUCCAUGUAGUUGGAGACUUGUUCUGUGCCUGUCGAGCAUGCAUGAAAAGAAAAUAACAAGGGAGGAGCCAUGGCGGUGGUGUCUUGUUCUGCACGACUCCAACCGUAUCUCUUUCAGUUAAAUCCA